AUGGGCCUGUUCCUCUCGCGCGACCGGCGAAGAGCCAGGCCUGGUGAGAGCAGUGCCUUUCCAUCAUGGGCCGACGCCGACGCGCCGGGCUGGGCCGGCUCGAGCCGCAUGGAGGUCAACUGGCCGGUCAUCUCCCUCCUCGCUGUCGCGCUUCUCCUCGUGGUCGGGUUUGUCGCCAGCCCCGUGCCCGAGGUGUCCCCGGGUAUGCCAGGGCUGACUGGGGCGCCACGGCUGCACGAGCUGCGCGUGGCGCCGUCGGAGCCGCUGAUCAACCGCAGGUUGGCGGCCGAGGUGGCUGCGCUGGGAGGAGCAGACAGCCGCGGGCCGGGAGUGGUCCUGGCGACGAAGCACGCGUCGUCGGUGCAAGUGAUCGCCGACACGCGACGACUCGCAAAGCGCGUCGCGCCGUUCCCCGUGCAGCACGCGGGGGUGUUCCGGCCGGACCCGAAGCAGCUCGGCUCGUGCGGCGGCUUCCGCGUCUCCGGCGCGCAGAUCCAGCGGGCCGCUGCAGAGGCGAACAAAAGCCUGCGUCUGUCGCGGGGGCAGCUGCCGCCCGGCGGCGCCUUGCACGUCAGCCUCAUGCCGGGGCGGCGGUGCGACAGUGCAGCUGAGGAGGAGGCUGCCCACGAGGCGAUCUUGGCGAGGAUGCGCACGCCGGACGGGCGGCGGCUGUCAGGGACCGCGUGGACGGCACAGGUGGUGCAGGUGUGGGCGCGGGAGGGGGGCGAGGAGGAGGGGGCGUGGAGCUUGGUCGAGACCGUGCCGCUGCCGGGGCGCGCCGAGAUGUGA